AUCCUUAUAUUCUCAAUUGACGUUUCGCUGAUGUUAGCAUUUUUUGUGUUUUCAUAAUGCCUCCCUGCUGAUGGGGAAGCUAGCUUGAGGGAAAUGAACAGCAAAUAAUGAAACGGAAUCAAGUUCCAGAGGACGUUGAUACUGAAUUUGACUACCUUUUUAAAAUUGUUUUAAUUGGAGAUGCUGGUGUUGGCAAAACUGCCAUUGUGCACCGCUUUAAAUACAACACAUUUGUUGAAAGACAUGCGAGUACCAUUGGAGUUGAUUUCACAUUAAAAACGAUGCAAGUUGAUGAUAAAAGAAUAAAGCUUCAAAUAUGGGACACUGCAGGGCAGGAACGUUUUCGAACAAUCACACAGAGUUAUUAUCGUUCAGCUAAUGGUGUUGUGUUAGUGUAUGAUAUAACAAAAGCAGACUCUUUUAAAAAUAUGAGUAGAUGGCUGGAAGACGUGAAAAAGUAUGCUGGAAAAUGCCUGCACCAAAUGUUAAUAGGCAACAAGUGUGAUUUAGAAGACAAAAGAGACGUCAGUGCUGCAGAAGCAAACAGUUUUGCAAAUCACUUUGAAAUUGGUGAUACUUUAGAAACAUCAGCCAAGGAAAAUUCAAAUAUAGAAGAAGCUUUUUGGAGGAUGGCAAAAAAUCUGAAGGAUCGUUACGAACAUGAAGAGGGGUUGAAACCAUCUCAAACUCCUGAUCUGGUUCUUGAUUCGAAAAGUGUUGGAAAAGGAUGGGGUUGUUGUUGACGGCAUUUUAACACGUCUGUAAAUGAUGAUUCUUCUCGUGUAACACAGCUAAUUUGUAAGCGAACAUGUCUAUUUUUGUAUGUUAUGUUACACUGUUGUGCAUCUGCCUGAUCGCCGAAAUUUAAUGAUUUUCAAUAUAAUGUUAUGUAUAGUUCUCGCAAACAGUGAUAACGUCGUGCUGGAAUGUUUUUGUACUCUUGUAUACGACUUAAGUAGAUCAACAAGUUUUGAAUCAAUAACUUUUUAAACCGAGUCUAAUCGCAAUUGUGAAGAACACGAGCGUUUUUUCUCGUAAAUAUAUUUUUAUGAAAUGUUAGCAGUCGCUGUUGUUUUCUCAGCUCUAUUUUUUUUACUAGCUAACUUAAAAGGUACACAUCUUUAAUUUUUAGUAAAAAAGAAUAUUUGUCAAUUUGAAUUUAUCAUGGUCCACACUUUGUGUUUCAACUUUACUUGGAGCUGUGUAGAUGUAUUUUUGUUUAUUAUUUCGGUUUGCGUGUGUAGUUUGUGUUAACACCGGUCCCAGGGUCUGUAGCGUUUUUUAUAUGAAGAUGGAACUCGUGCGAUACCCUGGUACAACAAACAUAUACUUCAAAGGUAAAAACUUUUGCGAAUGAUCAUCUAAAUGAUUUUUUGCCAGAAUGAACUCUUUUGAUAGCCGUAGAUGUUAUUUUCUAUAUGUUUAAGGAGAUCUGGAAAUAGAAUUUUAAGUAAACUAUUAAUUACCAGUUUUGGAUGAAAUCAAAAUAUUUACGAUUGGUACACGAAAUAAGGAGGGUGAAAAUAUUAUACCGAAGAUUUUUUAUAUUCCGCGAAAGAAAUUACCUAAGAUAAAAAAUUGAACAUUCCCCAAUAGCCUAUUUUAAUAUUCUUUGUGGGGACAAGCAAAUUUUUAUAUCGGGUCUAGCUUGUGAUUUGUGUCAAAAAUCACAAAAGUUCCUUUCGAGAAAACUUUUUCCAUGAUUUAGCUGUUUUCUUAAUCAACGAUAUUUUCACUUGUGUUUUCGCUGGGAGAGAUAGGUAGUACUAAAACGAAAUACAUAAUUAUUUAAAUAAUAAUUAAUUAUCUUUCUUUUUUUUUGGUAAAAAAUUUUAGGUUAACUUUGUUUAUUUGGAUGAUAAUAUUUAUACGAAUCAUUGUGUAGUUAUUUUAAGAAAGAUUUGUGAAAUACAUUUUCUUACCGUUA